AUGUUCUGCUGGUAUAUCGGAAACGUGACGCAGAUUGUGAUGGCUGUCAACAGGUCUGAGGUCUUAUUUAUUGAUCGUUACGAAUUAGAACAAUGUAUGUACUAGGAAAAAGGAAAGCUUGAACUUAAAAUGAACUGUUAGUUGAAGGCUUUUAACUUAAAGCUUUGCCCGGACAAACUUGGUGAAGCAAGUUUGUGUCAUUUCAGGUGGGCGGUGAUUUGUCUUCGGAACUCGUCAAUCUUUAGUAAACAAAAUCUCGUUGUCUUUUUUAUUGCAACCGUUCUGUUCGCAGCCAUCAAAAGUUACAUCAUCCAGUAUGUGUUCCCUUGCUGCGUGUGAGUUCUUCGAUUGAUACACUUGGCCGCCAAGUGUUCAUUUUCAGGUUUCUCGUGGAUCACACAACCCUCUCUUAUUCCUACUUUCUAAUCGAAGACGUUCCCAACUACACGGACCAAAGUGACAUUCCUCUGAAUGCCCUCAGCUCUAUUGUCCCUGUCAUUUGUUAUUCUUGGGUAAUCUCUCUCCGUCACUCUAUUAUCUAUCCAUUGCUUUAGAUCUAUUACACAAUCCGUAGCGCUUCUCAGUCUAUCAGCCCAAGUAUGCGUACAGAACUGCAAAAGCAGAGAGGACAUCAGGAACUCGCGUACGCGAUGCAAUUCAGUCUCAUCUCCAUGUUCUACACCUUCGUCUGGAUCCUGUUCCGCGUUUUUUCAAUCAUUUUCGGAGGAAGGCAAGUCGAAUGGUCCAUUCUCACUUCUCUCUGCCACGUGUUCAACUGCAGCGCCAACGCAUUCGUCUACAUAAUGUUCAACAAAGAGGUCCGUCCGUUCGAUCUUUAUAGCACUUCAUCCCAACCGGACUCCACUCCCAAUUUCAGAUUCGGAGUCGUUUGUCUUCGAACAAAUUCUUCCGAUUCUCCGGAAUUGUCGCCUCUGAAGCGGGCGGAUCUUUUGAGAACAACAUCCAGUCGAGAGUACACGCGAUUCAGAUUCAGAUUCCAAGUGCUCGUCCCCAUAGCACGUCUUAA